AUGGCUGGAGAAGGCAGCACCACCUCGUCGCUAACCUCCACAUCGCACACGCUCACACACCCCGCGCCGACCAGCAACGCCAUGGCCGCAACCACCACCGCCCCGCUCGAGGCAGCUUCCAUGUUGGCCUUCCUCGAUUCCCUCAAAGCGGAGAACCGCCAUGCCUUCCUCCAGCCUCCGGCCUCAAUAUCCACGGCGUCUCUGCAUUGGGCCAAGCAGGCGCUCGACGCCUUCGCCGGACAGGUCAGCGACGAGCAGCAGGCCGCCCGGCUGCGGGACAGGAAGAGGAAACGAGAGGUUGGGCCAAGUGGUGACAUGUUGAAGAUCCGCAAGGUUCAUGUGGAUGGCUUCGAGACCGGCCAGGUCUGGCAGCAGACCAGGAGGAUCAUAAACAGCGCCCUCAGCCUGUCUCAAAAUGUCCUGCAGGAGCUGGAAGAGAAUGGUCAGAUCCAGACAGAUGAAGUUGAGUCCAGAACACCGAACGGCGACGCACAAACGCUACCGAGCGACGAGGGUGAAUCUGAAGACGCCUCGUCCCAAGGGGACGAGUCAGCCAGCGGAUCGGACGAGGACGGUGAGGAAAAGUGGGAAGACGCCGAGUCGCAGCAGGGUCAGAGUGAAGCCUCACUAGAUGGCGACGAAGACGAUGGCGAGGAUAUCGAGGAUAUUGAGCAUGAAGGGAUACAAGAUGAAGAUGACGAAGACGGCUUUGACGACCAACCAAACGAUGUUUACGUCGAGGAUCCAAACGGGCUCAAUGACGGAUUCUUCUCAAUAGACGACUUCAACAAGCAAUCGCAAUACUUCGAGGACCAAGACGCCAAAGCUGAUCCGUUUACGGACCAGGCAGACGACGAUGACGAGAUUGACUGGCACGGAGACCCUUUCGCAGGGCCCAAGGGCAAGGCGUCAAAGAACGCCAAGGGAGAGGAAGCGUCGGGGGCCGAGGAUGAGGAAGAUGACGAGGACGAAGAUGCUGGCCCGACGUUCGGAGACAUGGACCUGAACGCCCCGGAAGGUGCAAGUGAUGACGAAGGCGAUCUGGCAGACGGGAUUGAGGGGGACAUGGGGCUCGACCUCACAGCGAACGAUAUCUUCUACAACGACUUUUUCGCACCUCCGCCUAGGAAGGCAAAGAAGGGAGAGAAGCAGAGAAAACCCAAGCCGACGAGGCAGGGGACGCCAGAUGGGCAGGAGGUGGAGUGGGCUAUGGACAAGGUCCGACGGGAUCUCUUCGACGACGUAUCAGAUAACUCGGACGAUGAGGACGCUUUGUCAGACGCGUCUGCUGGCGACCCAAAGUCACGCCGGUCAGCACAUGAACGUAGGCAAGCCAAGCUGUCCGAGGAGAUUCGCAAGAUGGAAGCCGAGCUCGUGGCCAAGCGCGCCUGGACGCUCUCCGGUGAGGCUUCCGCGUCCGCACGCCCAAUGAACUCGUUGCUGGAGGAGGAUCUGGACUUUGAGCACGCGGGCAAGCCCAUCCCCGUCAUCACGGAAGAGGUCAGCGAGGAGAUCGAAGACCUCAUCAAGCGGCGCAUUAUUGUAGGCGAGUUCGACGGGGUCCCAAAGCGGAGGCCGGACGCGGACGUGCCUGCUGACGUCCGGCGCGGGCUUGUCGAGCUUGACGACGCCAAGGCGAAGCAGAGCCUGGCGGAGAUCUACGAGGAAGACCACGUCAAGGCCACGAAUCCAGAUUCGUACGUCAACGCCAAGGACGAGAAGCUACGUAGGGAGGAGAAGGAGAUCGAGGCAAUGUGGAAGGACGUCUCAGCAAAGCUCGACUCCCUUAGCAGCUGGCAUUACAAGCCCAAGCCAGCGGCGCCGUCGCUGCAAGUCGUGGCGGACGUCGCCACGCUUGCCAUGGAGGACGCACAACCCACGACGGCACAGGGCGUCAGCGGUGGCGAGAGCAUGAUUGCACCUCAGGAGGUCUACAACCCGGGCAAGGACACGGCAGAGAAGGGCGAGGUGGUGGCCAAGAGCGGGCUGCCGGUCGCGAGGCAGGAGAUGAGCCGGGAAGACAAGAUCGGCAAGAAGGCGCAGGAGAAGAAGGAUACGAUGGCAGAGCUCAAGAAGGGUGGCGUCAAGGUCAUCAACAGGAAGGGCGAGGUCAUGGACAUGGAGGGCAAGAAGCCGCAGGCCGCCAAGGCUGUCACCAGCGGGAGCUUCAAGUUGUAG